UCGCUGUGUGUACAUUGUACACUAUUAAGUACACUGUGACGGACAUCAACGACUGAUAACAAGGAGGAUAAAACUGUGGAUAACACUGAGGAGGGACGACUCGUGGGCGGACAGAAUCUCAGUCCGAAAUGGCACAAAAACUGACACCAGAUGAACUUAAAGAGGCACAAGCCUGUUUUUCUCUAUUUGACAUGGAUAACGACGGCAAGAUUUCAACCAAGGACCUGGGGACGGUCGUCCGUUCACUGGGAUGUAAUCCGUCUGAAGAGGAAGUGAGACAGCUCAUCCGAGAAGUGGAUAUCGACGGGACUGGACAAGUAGAAUAUAAUGAAUUCAUUGCAAUGUUUGAGCGACACCGACAUGAAAGAAACACGGAGGAGGAAAUUAUUGACGCCUUCACCGUGUUCGACAAAGAAGGCAAUGGUUACAUCAGCGCCGCAGAAUUACGUCACGUGAUGACGAAUUUAGGCGAGAAACUGCGAGACGAAGAAAUAGAUGAGAUGGUGCGCGCUGCGGAUAUGAAUGGAGAUGGUCAAAUUAACUAUAAAGAGUUCGCACAUGUUCUGUUGGCGAGAUAGUGAGACUAUAAAGACAAACUAAGGGAGCUUUAAUAAAUCCCUCAUCAAUGAAAGGGGAGACAACCGUGCUCUCUAGCAUACGAAGCUGACCAUGUUUUGGGUUGUUGUUGGGUUUGUUUUUUUUGUUUUUGUUGUUGAUUCAAAUGAGGAGUUGUCAUAUCAUUCAUGGGGGGAAUAAAUGCAUGCUAUAAAAUCUUGA